AUGUCUAAAUUUAGCUCUCAAAUUACCACUCUAUUUAUUGUUGUAACUUUGGUGUGUGCGUUUGUUCUGGUUUUCUCAGUCGAAGAAGCUGAAGCAAAAUUAUUAUGGAAUACUUGUCUUCUUAAAAUCACUCCUAACUGUGCGUUGGAUAUAAUCGCUGUUGUCUUUGAAAAUGGAACCAUCUCUGAUCCUUGUUGCAACGAUCUCAUCAAAGAAGGGAAAAUGUGUCACGAUAAGCUUAUUAAAUAUAUUGCAGAUAAACCCAUGUUAAUUGCCCACGAAACAGAAUACUUGAAGAAGAGUGAUGACUUGUGGAAUCAUUGUGUCUCAAUCUCCAAAAGUGCUUGAAAUAUGUAUUGCUUGUACUAUUUUUUACCGAAUAAAUUGAUAUUUCUGUGUUGUUACAGUUAUUUUA